AUGUCGAUCUGUAGAUACAAUGGAACCACAACACCUAAGAGCCACAUAUCACCUUUUGAGAAUCACAUGGUACUCUACACCAUGACGGACUUAGUUUGGUGUAAAGCAUUCCCGCCAACCCUAGAGGGGCUGGCAGCGGAGUGGUAUAGAGCCAUUCCCAAAUGUUCCGUGUACUCGUAUAACCAGCUGAAGAGAAUGCUCAUUGAGCAUUUCAUAACCCUGGUAGACCGAACUAAGAUGACAACUGAGCUGAUGUCAUUAGUUCAAGGGAAAGACGAACCCCUGAGGGAGUUCAUCUCCAGAUUCAACAAAGAGGCAACAACCAUCCCAAACAUGAGUCAAGAGGUAGCAUUGCUAGCAAUGCAGAGUGGCUUGCUGCCGGGCUUACCAUUCAGAGCGUAUAUCGGGCGUAAAAGCCUCAAAAUGCUAGCUGAAGCGCUGGGUAAAGCGCACGAUUUCAUCAAAGCAUACGAAACUGACAGAGCAAUGUUGAGUAGGAAGACACCGGGCGACUCAGUUAAACGGCCAGAGGUCACCCGGGUAGAGAACAAUCCCAGGGUUGACCAGCCGAGCAGGGCCGAGCAAAGUCGCAGAGAAGUGGAUAGAGCAGUGGGGUUGAGAAGGUCAGAUCCAAAGAAAGGGCCAAGAGCUGGAAGGUUCGACCAGUAUACCCCGCUAACCCACUCAAAAUCUCAUAUCUUUAAAGUGAACAAAGCUGAUGAUAAGUGGCAGAGACCUCCAAGGAUGGUCAAUAGGAACCGUGAUACCAACAAGUGGUGUGACUUUCACAGAGACCAUGGCCACACCACUGAUGAAUGCACACACCUGAAGGAUAACAUAGAAGAUCUAGUUAGGAGAGGGUACCUAAAUCAGUUUAAGCAGCGCGACGACCCUCCCAGAAGAAGGGACGAGGAUAGAGCAGGUCGCGCUGACCGCAGAAGGGGCCAUAGGGGUCCCGUUGGGGAUGGGGACAGAGAUGGUAAGCCAGAGGGCAGAGUAUAUGUGAUCAGUGGAGGUCUAGUGCAUGGAGGAACAGUGAACAAAGCACGGGCCGACCUGCGGGUGAUGAUACAUCAGAUAAACUACAAUGAGAAGCGUAGAUGGCCACCUCUUCCCCCGCAGCCGCGAGCCACGUUUGACGAGUAUGACCAGGAAGGCAUAACUUACCCUCAUGAUGAUCCACUGGUAGUGACAAUGAGAAUUGCGAACUGGGAGGUGGAAAGGAUAUUGAUAGAUGGAGGCAGCUUAGCCAACAUCAUAUACAUCAGCGCGUUCAACGAGCUGAAGUUGGACAAGAAGGAUCUGAAAAGGGUGAGUUACGAAGUCACUGGGUUUAAUGGAUCAUGGCUGACCCCGGAAGGUAUAAUCGAGCUCUUAGUUCAAGUGGGGGAGAGGUCAAAAAGGCGUGAUGUUCAAGCAGAAUUCCUUGUGAUAAAUUCUCCUUCGCCCUAUAAUGUGAUCAUGGGCAGACCGCUCAUUCACAAGAUAGGCGGAGUGGUAUCCACCUAA